CUGUAGCGAGCCGUGCCAGCUAUUUCCGGCUGCUUCGUUGGCUACUCGUCCAUUUUUCUUGACACGCGCAAUGGGGAAAGAGCCAUCUUGCUUCAGAGGCCGACGUGGCGGCCGGCUUUGCUGGAAAUUUCAUCUUCGCAAUGAUGAAUCCCAAGUGGGUGCUGUUGCUGCUUGCAGCCUUGAUAAGCACAUCUUUAACAGCCGAUGUACCAUCUUCGACAAGUUCUUAUCUAACGGCGACUGACAAGGCUCGCCUUAAAAAAGUUGUUGAACCUGGAUUUAAGCUGCAAGAUCUGUCUAGCGUGCAUUAUGCAGUUUUUGGAUUUAGGCAUAUCAAGGAGCCUAUAACUAGACUUGCGGAAGUCUGUGAAUUCCUGAUUAAGUCAGCUGGUGAUUCGUCGUUAACCACGGAGCAACUUUACUACCUGGCCACUACAUGGAAGUCUCUCGAACAAUGUCAACCAAAGUCACUUCCAUUGAGUGCACUCACAAAGUCUCUUACAGCAGUUUUAGAAAAAGAUGCUGCUAAAAUUCCAGAGCUGUAUCAUGCUGUCAAUGCUCUUGUAUCAUUUGGACAGAAAAUCCCAGAUGCAGCAGUAGCAAAAAUAGUAAAAACCUUGCAAGCAACACUGAAAAAGGAUGAUAGCCCAUUAAACUUGGGUUAUGUCUUCCACAUUGCUGCUGAUCUAGGAUCUGCUGGAGCAUUUGCCUUCAAUCAUAUUGAAGAUGCUAUUGUUCAAGCUGAUGAAGUAGAUGGUCGUUUCUUACAGUUUGAAGGAGGACUUGGUGUUACAAGCCUUCUUGUCAAUGGAGUAUUCAAGCUUUCUUCAAGCUUGAAGAAGAAGCCACCACUAACAUCUCAACAGACCGUCAAAUUGGCAAACUAUUUCUUAUCGCGUAGGUCUGUUCAAACGCCCAAGGGUGCUGUUAACUUCCUUUCAUCAAUCAACAUUCUGGCUACCAAUGAAUUCGAAAAGCCUAUUUGCAUUGCUCUAUCGGAGGACGGAGUUGUCGUUUCUGCAAAGCAACCUCUUGUCCGCGUUAAAGUGUGCGAUCUUCUUGGUAACCCUGUACCAUCAGUCACCAAUGUCAUUGCCAACACUGCUACAAAAGUUACGGAUGAUGUCGUUGUUAUCAGCAAGAAAAAUUUCCAAGCUACACCUAACGAUAAAACGUUGUUCACUUUGAACUUCAUGUCUGCAACACCAGAGCCCGGCUUCUAUAAGAUUGCGGUAUCUGCAGGUUCGGUUGCUAACACGGUUACAAUCAAAGUUCUUGCUGAAGUCAAAGUCGACUAUUUGGAAAUCGGAACAGCUGAUGCCGACCAAACUACUCAACCAAAAUUAGUAAAAGUCGCUCAUCCUCAAAAGCUUAAUCAAAAAAUUGAGGCUGAUUCUCAGCAGAAACUUGUUAUCCGCUUUUUGCUGAAGGAUGCCUCUAAAAACAAGCCAAUGAGAGUACAUCAAGCUUUCGUUCGUCUUGCGUCGGUAUCAUCAGAAAAAGAUAAGCAAGAAAUCAUAUUUGUUGCUGAGCCAGAUGCUUCUCACGUUUACAAAUUCGAUAUGCCUGUGGGAACAGCUGCUAAGAAUUUCAACUACCAAAGCGGAGAUUACAACGUAGAACUCAUUGUCGGUGAUGCCGUUUUGAGCAACUCCUUUCAGUGGACACUCGCCACUGUGAGUUUGAAAUUCCCUGAACCAUCGGCUUCAGACGUUGUCGAAAAAUCAACUUACAGGCAGAAACCUAAUGUAUACUCUCCAAAGCCAGAAAUUAAGCACAUGUUCCGUGAGCCCGAGAAAAGACCACCAGCAUUCGUUUCGAAUCUUUUUACUGGAUUAUGUUUGUCACCAUUACUUGUCUUGUUUGUCCUAUGGUACAAGCUAGGAGUAAAUAUUUCAAACUUCCCGUUCACUCUGAGUGCUGUCGUCUUUCAUUUAGGAUUAGGAAGCAUAUUCGUACUAUUUGGAAUAUUCUGGCUGAAGCUGAAUAUGUUUACUACACUCCGAUAUCUUCUUUUACUUGGACUAGUCACAUUCCUGUCUGGAAACAAGUUAUUGUCACAAAUUGCACGCAACCGAAAAGCAUCUCGUUAGUUUGUCUAAUGGACUUGCGAGUCGACUGAGUUUCAAUUUGAGGACGGAUUUACUUUGUCCUUUGUAAUACUAAGAACAGUGUGAUAUGAAGCAUUAAAUCAUUCUUAAAGACACUAUCUCAUGAAAAGUUACACAAAUUUUACAAAAUUUUGAUGUUUAAUUUAAAUGAAGCAAUUCACUUGUUUUUAAGUGUAAUAGGAUAGCGUUGGCAAAGGACUGAUGUUCCACUUAAAUUGCGGUGUUGUAAACAUAAGCGCAUUAUUUUCACUUUGCACAACAACGUCCAUUUCAAUGCCUAAUUUUCUAUAAGGUUAGAUGAUAAGCUGCAAUGAGAGUAAUACGUUUUAUAAACGUUUUAUUAACUGCGUGAUUUUUCGUAAAUCAACUGAUGCUAAAGCGUCACGUCGAACAGACAUUCCUGCGUUGAGAAAACUUUUUCUUGAAUCGCUGAAGAAAUGUAGAGGAGACAAACGUGACGAGUAGCGUUAUGGUUUUCUACCUUGUACAGACAAAAUCCGUAAUAAAAGUGUAGAAAAAAAAUUACAA